UGUUCCUUUUGGUUCCGGCAUUGUGAUAGUAAACAUGGCGGCAGAAGGAGAUGUGGAUUUGGACCUAGAAGCCGACGAGAAUUGUACUGGAAAGCCGGCAGAAAAACCUCGUAAACAUGACAGCGGAGCUGCCGACCUAGAGCGUGUCACCGAUUAUGCGGAAGAGAAGGAGAUAUCCAGCUCCGACUUGGAAACCGCUAUGUCGGUGAUCGGUGACAGGAGAUCAAGAGAACAGAAAGCAAAGCAAGAGCGAGAAAAGGAGCUUGCAAAAGUCACUAUCAAGAAGGAAGAUGUGGAGCUCAUAAUGGGGGAGAUGGAGAUCCCACGGGGGCUGGCGGAGCGAAGCCUGCGAGAGCACAUGGGCAACGUGGUGGAAGCUCUGAUCGCCCUCACGAACUGAUGGACGGCGGUGGACGACUUUGCUGUGCAAACUUGGCUCUUUCGGACUUCUGCGAUUUUCUGGUCCACCUCUGUAAUUUAAUACACAUAAUGCAUUUCGUUUGGAAGGCUUUGUCCAAUAUUAAGAUAAUUCUUCGUAAACGCAAUGUUACAUAAUUUUUAUAUGAUUUUUUUGGAAACCACAUUAAAGUUUGAAAUUUCUGUAGUUUUUGAAGAAAUGUGUACUAUUUGGGAAAAGUAACAUUGCCGUGGGUUAAAGGUUACAAACUAAGAACAAGAACAGUAAGUCUGUCGUAGUUUUUAUAUUUAUAUGGAAAAUAUUUGCGCAGCCAAUAAUAGUUGCAUAGAACGAGGUUCUGUUAUGGUAAAGUUCGCAAAUCUUAAAGAUUAUUUUAUUGCUCUGUAACAUUUUACCUCAAGGUUAUUUGAGAAAACGUCAAAUUAAAUUUAGGAAUUGAACUUGAUUCACAAUUAAACUUAUAAAGGAAUUUUCCCUGGGAUUAGUAGA